AUGGCUUUCUUCCCCUGCCUUUGCAUGAUGCUCUCCCUGACGGCGGCUGUUACUGCGCAGACCUUCUCCACGACUCCAGGGCAGAUCGACGCCAAAGUCACACUGCAGACCAACAGCUCUUGGCACUUGGGGGGUUUCUGUCUGGGCCAGGCAGGGCCCGAAACGACGAAGGCUGCAGAGAUUCAGGCGCAUGUGGAGUGGGAAGGCCAGCAACAGCUGAGCCAGACUGGACCGGUGAUGCUGGUGGCUUUCGAUGCUCGAGAGCAUCGUUGGGGCGCCGUCAAAGAGGCUUGGGGCCAGAUGACUUGUGAGGAGAAGUUGAGCGCCGCCAGCAUGCAGCGUCAUCUGGGCAAGAACCACAGCUACACUGACUUCACUUUCCGCAUCAACGUGCACCAGACAUCGGGCAUCAGAGACUGGCACUUCGCAGUCCUCACGUGUGGUGAAACGGAGCAGGCCACGUUGUCGCUGAGGCUGGUUGCAACGAAUGGCGCCCUGAACAUGUUCGAGGCCAACACCCACUUCGACACAAGCAGCUGCCCCGUGGUGGACGUCCCGUGGUUGUCGGCCGCGCACGACGAGGCCGGCUUUUGGUUGAUGCUCGUGGGGGCGCUUCUGCUGGGAUGCUCGGGAGUUCUCGUUGCCGUGUCUUGCCGCCAUUGCCGCAAGAAGGCGCAGAUCCAGCAGUUUCGAGAGACCGCAACUGCCGGUGGAGCAGAGCCUGUGAUCGGCAGGCCUUGCAGCCAGAUUGGUGGGGCGAAGAUCGUGGAUGGACAGACGACGGACCGCGUUGAAAGCUCUUGUCAUGCACUCAUGUACCUGGAUUGCUUGAAGGCACUUGCAGGUUUCGAGUUGCAGAACGCGUGGCGUGGGGUGGAUGGCGCUCGCUUCGAGACACGAAGAAAGAAAAAUCGCCGACGACAUCCCACUUUGGGAGAAGAUUCGGCUGCAGCUCGUGUACGGAACCUGGGGACAUCACGAUUGCUUCAACCUGUUAAUCAUAAUAUACAGUAUAAGAGAGUGCAGUAUUAG